AUGCCGUGGUGCCUCACUCAUGAGUUGACAGAUGAUGAUCAAGUGCGCGCAGGACGAGACUUGUCUCGAGCGAAGGAAUUCUUUGAGAUCCUGAAGAGGAAGAUCGUAUCCACUCCCCUGCUCAGACAUCCAGACCGAACGAAACCUUUUGUGAUCAUCCCUCAUGCGAAUCAGUGGGCUGCUUGCGCAGUUCUAGGACAGAUACAUGAUGGACUUGUUCAACCCGUUCGUUUCACGGGGCGUGUCCUGAGUGACGUCGAGAUCAAGUACCAUAUUGAGGAGAAGGAAGUCCUUGCUGUAAUGCGAGUUCUCCAUGUGUUCAAGAACCUGAUCGAAGGAUGUUCGCUAAUAAUCUACACUCGACAUUCAGUGUUGAAGUGGGUCAUCAAUUCCAAGACCGCCGAAGGCCGUCUGGUGCCUUGGGGCGUCGCUCUCUCACAAUAUGACUUGGAAAUUUGGAAGGUCAGUCGAGAUGAGGAUGACUUAGCCGCCAUUAUGGGUGCAAGUAUCACUUCCAGGGAGCACUUGAAUAAAGUCGCCGAAGCACUCAUUCCAGCCAUGGGGCACGUCAAACCGCCUCCAGUCGUGUGCUCUCGGAAGAGUACUCUGGAGUAG